AUGUCGGGAUCCACUAUUUCCAUGGGCCGGUACCUUUUCGAACGUAUCAAAGAAUUGGGAACAGAACACAUUCUUGGUGUUCCUGGCGAUUUUAACCUCACUCUUCUCGACGAGAUCUACAAAGUCCCAGGCUUGAAGUGGGUCGGAUGCUGCAACGAACUCAAUGGCGCAUAUGCCGCUGAUGGCUACACGAGGAUCAAGGGCUCACCAGCCGCACUGAUCACAACCUAUGCCGUGGGAGAGCUUUCAGCUAUGAACGGAGUGGCCGGAGCUUUUGCUGAGCAUGCAGGAAUGAUCCAUAUCGUCGGCAUGCCUGCCAGACAGAUGCAGAAAAAUCGAGUCAUGCUUCACCAUACGAUGGCCCCAAACAUGGAUCAUAGCAUCUAUAUCCAAAUGGCUGCUCCUAUUCGCCAAGACCAUGCAUUUCUAAUGGAAGACUCAACAAUGGCAGAGGACAUCGACCGUGUUAUUGUCUCUUGUGUUCAAAGCCGACUUCCCGUCUACAUCUAUGUUCCAGCCGAUGUCGUCUCAGUUCAGUUAGACGCAAAGCGCUUGGAGACCCCACUGAAUACACAAAUCACAAACCCUGACAGCAAGACAGAGGAUAGAAUUGUGGAAGAGAUUCUAGAUUUGAUUGGAAAGGCUGAGAACCCGACAAUCCUAGCAGAUAUUAUUGCCCUUCGGCAUGGAGGAUCUCAAUUGACCAAACAACUCGCUGAGGUGACCCAGUUCCCCAGCUACUCAACCCCCUUAUCAAAAGGAAUCAUCGAUGAGACAAAGCCUUACUACAAUGGUUGUUUCAAUGGCCGAGUGUCAUUUCCUGGAGUUGCAGAUGGUCUUGAGAGCUCAGAUCUGGUCCUGAACAUUGGUCCCUUACUCUCCGAUUCCAACACUGGAGGAUUCACAAGAUACAUCAAGCCAGAGAAUGUGGUACGUCUGGGCCAUGAUUUCUGCCAGAUUCGAGAAGAGACAUUCGACGGUUUCCACUUCCUCCCAAUCCUGAAGAGAAUCGUCGCAGAGCUUGAAUCACAACCUCAGAAGUUCAAUCUUCCCCGACAGUCAGCAAAACCCAAAGUUGAACCUCCAGUCUUGAACAAAUCCACCUCCGGAACAAUCGAACAGUCUUUCGUAUGGCAGCGACUCGGCAAGUUCUUGAAGGCCGACGACAUCCUCCUCGCAGAAUCCGGUACCGCACAAUUCGGCAUGCCUGACUCCACCUUCCCAUCCAAUACUCGGUACAUCACACAGAUCUUCUGGUCCUCCAUCGGAUUCACGGUCGGCGCAUGCUUUGGUGCAUUGAUCGCUGCAAAAGAGUUGAAGCACAGUGGACGGGUCGUUCUGAUUGUGGGCGAGGGAAGUCUACAAAUGACAGUGCAGGAGAUCGGCAGCUAUAUCCGUUACGGCUUCAAACCCAUCAUCUUCGUCAUCAACAACGACGGCUAUGCGAUUGAGAGAGCCAUUCAUGGCCCUGAACAGGGCUACAACGACGUCAGCAUGCUUUGGGACCAUCAGAAGAUGUUGGAGUUCUUUGGUGCACGUGAAGAGACGGGUAUCAAAGGCAAGAGCCGAUCUGCAAAGACUGUCGAAGAGCUAGAAGAUAUAUUGACCGAUGAGGACUUUGCAAGUGGCAAGGAAAUCCAGCUAUGUGAAAUCUUCAUGGGAAAAUAUGAUUACCCUUGGAGACUGUCGGAGCAGAUCAACGUCGCCAAAGAGCGCAUGAAGCAAGCUGCAGCUGCAUCAGGCGCCGCAAGUGUAACUGGUUGA